ACCUUUUAGGUUAAAAACCAGCUGUGUUUACAAAUUUAUUUUAUAGCAGCCAAUCCAAACAUAAGUUGUGUGAAAUAUGGACCGGAAACUACACAGUGGCAUGCACCAUCCCACCCUGCGACUGCUGCAGGAGUCGGGUUGUGAGAUCUCGCCGCACAACCUGAUGUACCCCGUCUUCAUUGUGAGCGACGACGACGAUGUGCAGCCGAUCGCGAGCAUGCCAGGGAUUUCGAGGUUCGGCGUGAACCGGCUGCGGGAGCACCUGGAGCCGCUGGUCCAGAAAGGGCUGACCUCCGUGCUGCUUUUCGGCGUGGUCGAGUCCGAGCUGAAGGACGAGGAGGCCUCGAAUGCGGACUCGGCGGUCAACCCUGUGGUGCGAGCUUUGCCCAAGCUGCGGGAGUGGUUUCCCGAUCUGCUAAUCGCCUGCGACGUGUGCAUCUGUCCGUAUUCGUCGCACGGCCACUGCGGGCUGCUGGGCAAGGCGGGUCUGGAGAACGGACCGAGCAUAAAGCGGAUUGCCGAGAUCGCCGUGGCGUACGGACAGGCUGGUGCUCACAUCGUGGCUCCCUCGGACAUGAUGGACAAUCGCGUACGGGCCAUUAAGCAGGCCCUUAUCGACGCGAGCCUGAACAGUGUCUCUCUGCUGGCAUAUUCCGCCAAGUUUGCGUCCAACUUCUAUGGUCCGUUCCGGGAGGCGGCUCAGUCGGCCCCCAAGUUUGGGGACCGUCGCUGCUACCAGCUGCCCAGCGGAUCCCGCAGCCUGGCCAUGCGCGCAAUUCAGCGCGAUGUCAGCGAGGGAGCGGACAUGCUGAUGGUGAAGCCCGGCAUGCCGUAUCUGGACAUUCUGCGGCAGACCAAGGACUCCUAUCCCUACCACACACUGUACGUGUACCAGGUGUCCGGAGAGUACGCCAUGCUCUAUCACGCCGCCAAGGCGGGCGCCUUCGAGCUGCGCGAUGCCGUCCUCGAGUCCAUGAGAAGCUUCCGUCGUGCGGGUGCCGAUUGCAUCAUUACCUACUACACCCCCUACCUGCUGGACAUCAUCGGCAGAACCGCCUAAAGAAGUGCAAAAGACUGAACCAUCGAAAGUCUCAAAAAUCGUGCAAUCCAUACCCACAUACAUACGUAUGUAUGUAUAUGUAAAACAGGUUUCCUCGGGUAUCGUCUUUAGUUUUAUAGAAUUGUCAUUGUGUAAUUCAUGUGUAGUCACCAUGGUGCUGCUGUCGUCAGAAUAGACUUUCAUAUAUGUA